AUGCCACCAUUCUGCAAGAUUGCCGUCAUCCAGCUCUAUGUCAAGCCCCUCAAACCUGCCGACAACUUCGCCCGGGCUGUGAAAUUUAUCCGUGAGGCUGCUGCGCAGGCCUGUCAAUUGGCUGUACUGCCUGAAUUCCAUCUGACCAACUGGAUCCCCACCGAUCCUCGUUUUGCUUCCCUGUGCGAUGACUGGGAGACCUAUCUGCAUCGUUAUCAGGCCCUCGCAAAAGAGUGUAACAUAUGUAUCGUUCCUGGAUCCAUAGUUCGACCUGCAUCUGCCUCCUCCACAGCUGCAGCAGGGGCCACUGGCACCGACAAGCCAACACCGAGCCUAGAAAAUGUAACCUUUUUCAUCUCCAACUCGGGUGAGAUUCUAGGCUCCUACGUGAAAAAGAAUCUCUGGGGGCCCACCGAACGAGCGUACCUUCGAUCGUCCGGGGACAGUCCACACCGAGUCAUCUCGACCCCGGUAGGUCCUGUAGGCUUGCUGGUGUGCUGGGACCUAGCCUUCCCCGAAGCCUGGAGAGAACUGGUGUCCCAGGGAGCGAAGAUCAUCAUUGUGCCCACUCUGUGGACUCGCAGUGGUGCGUCUGAGGCAGGCCGUCAGCAGAAUCCUUCUGCGCCCUCCUUGUUCCUCGACAGCCUUCUGACUGCGCGAACGUUUGAGAAUACCUGCGCUGUCGUCUUUGCCAAUGCAGGCGGGCCUCCAGGGAGAAACUAUUGCGGACUCUCGCAGAUCAAUAUUCCGUAUGCGGGUCCUCUGGUUCGUUUAGGUACUUCCGCCGAAGGAAUGGCCGUGGCGACGCUUGAUUUGGCGGUUCUGGAGGAUGCAGAAGAAAACUACGCGAUCCGCUCCGACCUGACCGACCCUUCAUGGCAUUACAGGCAUACUCGCCGGGUUCCGCUAGAAUCGUCCAAAGGGAGGCUAUAG